GAACAAGAUCUCGAAAAAACCCGGAAGUAGAAAUGGAGACAGAGCUCCCAUGUCUCAGGAUGGGAGAAAACGAGGGGAGGCCGGUACAGACAGUCAGAGUGGCAGAAGGGACAAUGCGAAUCAGGGCAAAGGAAGGAAUGGCCCUCGAAAAGCUGCCAACACAAACGACGCUGGAUCACCAUCAGCAAAGGAUAACAAAGACUCGAAGAAGGUGUCUGUCAAACAACAGACCUGCAGAUACCAAGAUAUGCAAGAGGAGGAGCGGCACUUGCAGGACGAAAUGCCUCUCUGGCGAGACAGCGAAGGGCAAAUGCAGAGGGAAGGGCUGCAUGUGUUGCAUCACAGCCGCAAGUUGCACAUCUACUGCCCAGUGUAAGAAGGCUAAAGGCAAAUGCGCCGCCAAAUGCAAGAAGAGCGAGAGGGAGGUCCCCAGUGGGUGUACCGGAGAUGCUUCCUGCCUCUGUUGCGGGAAGAAGUGUCAGCCUAAACCUGGAUGCACAGCCGCGGGCGGAACUUGUGUUGAGAAGGAGGCGGACUGUGCUGGAAUAUUCCAGCUAAAUGGCUGCAAGUUCGGUUGCCAUUGUUGUGCUCCCAUUCCUCCACCUACAACAAUGCCACCCCCAACUGCCUCCUCAUCUACAACAUAGACGCUUUGGUGACGGAAGAAUUUCAAGAACACCAAGAACAGUCAAAACCUUUGGAAAUGGAAUCAACCGGAUAAUCAGCUUAUGGGACUACUAAUAAUGACAAUGGCCAAAAAUAUGAAACAUCUUUCUUCUAUUACAUAACUAAUAAUAUAAUCAAAACAUAUUUAGGACUGAAAUACUCCUGACUUAUUCUUUGAAACUUAUGGCGAAUGUCAACUUAGCGCCAAGCAAUUUAAUUCCAAUCUUUAAUUUUUGCAUUACACACAACUCAUGCUUAUAAAUUGAUUUUCAAUUUAAAACUUUAACAGUACACAAAACUCAUGUUUUCAAAUCAUUUUCAUUUGUUCAUUUAAAAAUAAACAAAACUCAUCAUUCUAAAUCAUUAAUUUGCCUUUAAGACAUCUUGAAGAGUAUACAUAAAUAAAUAAAAAUGGCCUUGGACAUGAACUGUAUAUGUGAUUUUCUAAGCUGAUCUUUUCUUGAAGAAGCUGUAAAUAAAAGAGGAUUAUCUAAUUUUCUUGAAUUUGUCAUUAAAACUAAUUGUCAGAAAAUUGAUACAAAUCUACAAGGCAUCGAAUAUAAUUGUGUAUUUGAACUUGUAUAUGUUGUAAUUUUGAUUGGUAAAAAUCUUUAAAACAUAAUAAACAUUGUAAUGCAGAGCAAA